AUGGCCGCCGAGAAAUAUCCGUCAUCGGUGGAGGCUGUGGCCGGCGAGGAAUGUUCACGCGCCGCCAAAGGGCUCGACUGCUCCGAGGGAGAUAAGAAGGCGGCGGCGGCGGCCGGCAGCGAAGUAGAGGCGACUCCAGCGAAAAAGAUGUGGCGGUUGCCGCUGGAGGAGAUCGAGUGGAUCCUCGCCCAGUCGAACGAACCUGUCUGUGCUGAGUUUCGGGCCCUCAAGCGCGCCAAUCCGUCGCUGCUGCCAUCGCCUGAGGAGAAGGACGAGUCAACGGUGCUGCUGUACGCAUGUGCCCGCGACUGCUAUGAGGAUGAAGAGAAGUUCACGCGAUUCCAGGCCUGGGUCCGCAGCGAGUACAACUCCAAAGGAUUCGUGGAGGUCGACUACGACUACUUCGGUGAAAGGGCCGAGGCGACGAGGCUGAGCGAGGAAGCACGGGAGGAGGUGUUCAGAGACACGGAUCUUUCUUCAGACAGCGAGGACGGCGACGAGUUGAAGCUUCUCAAGACGACAAGCUGGGUCUGA